CUCGCUCGGGUGGCUGGCCAGGUUCUCACGACGCUGUUUCGGAUGCGGAUCUUUCCUCUUUUCCUCCUCUGUAUCCGGAUUAGAGCUUUUUCCAAGGACGGAACCAGCUCUGCCUGGCAGUAGCAUCCUCCCCAUUAUCAUAUUUUCUCUCUCUUUCCUUUUUAAAAGAUUUUUUUUUUAAAAAACCGGGCUCCCUUUCUUCUCACCACUACGUCCCUCUGUGAUGCCUUCCCGGCCGGGAGAAAUUUGCCUAGGGUCGUGGGACAGCUGCCUAGCCCACCUUUCAAGGCGCUAGGCAGCAUUGAGGACAUGACCCUUCGGUUUUUCUACGAUUGGUUAUUGUUUCAAGCGAAAGGAAAAUAGCGUUCUCCUUCCGUGGACUUCUGCACCCAAAAUCCCCGUUUUUUUUUUUUCUCCUCCUCCUUUCGCUCCUGCCUCGAUCGGGUCUUUAGCGCAAGCCUCCCUUUUGGGUUUUAAAAAGAAAGAUUUUUCGGGGUGCCCCCCUCCCCAUUUUUGAAAAAGAAAUCCCCGCCUUCCCAGAUCGACUUGCGCCCCACUGAUUUCACCUUCCUGAAGGUUGAAGCCGGCGGCCAGAUCCCGCGCGUGGCGUGGCCAGGAGGAUCUCCGGGACUGCAAUGAUUUGAAGAUCUUGUGACAGAAAUUUCCAAGGGUUUUGUGGUCCUGCCUUUAAACCCGCUGAGUCUUUGAGUUGGUUGACCGAAAGGAUGGGAUCCGCUUGGAAGAGAUGGGUCUUCGCUGUGGUGCUGCUUCCCCUGACUUCAUCCAUGCAUUCUGAUUGUUUCAUCAAGAAGGAACAAGAAGCCUGUUUAGACUACAUCCAGAAACUGACCAGCAGCAAUGGAUCAUCCCCAGGUUGCGCUGGGAUGUGGGAUAACAUCACUUGCUGGAAACCAGCCAUGGUGGGUGAAGUGGUCUAUGUCAAAUGCCCAGCUCUCUUCACCAUUUUUAAUUUAGAUUACGGUUGGGAUGUGAACAGCAUGGCGUAUGCGCAGCCAGGAGAGCUUGAACCAUUUGAGAUUUCGGAACAAUUUCCAGAUGGAGCCAUAGAUUUUAAGUUGAUCAGUAGGAACUGUACCCAGGAAGGCUGGUCCGAACCAUUCCCACAUUAUUACGAUGCCUGCGGAUUUGACGACAAUGACACCACGCCAUGGAAUGGCCAGGCUUACUACUACCUCUCUGUUAAGGCUUUGUAUACAGUUGGCUACAGCACAUCCCUCGUUUCGCUCACCACCGCCAUGGUGAUUUUGUGCCGUUUCAGGAAACUGCACUGCACCCGGAAUUUUAUUCACAUGAAUCUUUUCGUCUCCUUCAUUCUGCGUGCCAUUUCCGUUUUCAUUAAAGAUGGGGUCCUUUAUGCAGAGCAAGACAGCAACCACUGCUUUGUCUCGACGGUGGAAUGCAAAGCAGUGAUGGUCUUCUUCCACUACUGUGUGAUGUCCAACUAUUUCUGGCUUUUCAUUGAGGGGCUGUACCUCUUUACGUUACUUGUGGAAACCUUCUUUCCAGAGAGGAGAUAUUUCUACUGGUACACUAUCAUUGGCUGGGAUCAAUUUUUUGCUUUUUGUCGGCAUCAUCAUUAUCUUGGUUCAGAAACUCCAGUCUCCAGACAUCGGGGGCAAUGAAUCCAGCAUCUACUUCAGCUGCGUUCAGAAAUGCUACUGUAAGUCCGAGAGGACUAACCAGCAUUCUUGCAGGAUGGCUGAACUAUCCAUCAUCACCCUGCGGUUGGCCCGGUCCACCUUGUUACUCAUCCCACUCUUUGGGAUUCACUACACAGUGUUUGCCUUUUACCCAGAGAACGUCAGCAAAAGGGAGCGGUUGGUUUUUGAACUGGGACUCGGCUCCUUCCAGGGUUUCGUGGUCGCUGUGCUCUACUGCUUUUUGAAUGGGGAGUUUCUCCCUCAAGGUGCAAUCCGAAAUCAAGAGAAAAUGGCGGAGCUGGAAAGUCAACCGUUAUUUUGCUGUGGAUUUCAAACACCGCCAUCCCUCCCUGGCAAGCAGCGGAGUCAACGGGGGGACUCAACUGUCCAUCUUGAGCAAGAGCAGCUCACAGAUCCGGAUGUCCAGCGUCAAUGCCGAGAACUUGGCCACAUGAGCCCGUAAGACACCCCCUCCCGCCUCUUCUCCCGCCAGGCACCCUCCCAAAGAGAAAGAGAACGAUGAACCGUACUUUGGACACCACGAAAGGACCAUAUUUACCCCUAAAUAUGAUGGCUUUCGGGGUGUUACUUCCGUCUGCCUCUUUUUUAAUAAUAAUAAUAAUAAUAAUAAUAAUAAUAAUAAUAAUAAUAAUAAUAAUAAUAAUAAUAAAAAAAACAACAACAAAUCCACCUCCCUUUGAUGGAAAGUUUCUGGGGUUCUGAAGCUUGUCAUCUCUUAUGGGUGGAAGAGAAGCUUCACAAAGACGUUCCAUCUAAGGGAACGAGGUCCUCCCGACCAAAAUCACCUUGAUGCGCCCCCUUGUCCCAAGAGCCGAACCCCCCCCCCCUCCAUCACUCCCGUCCCUCAUUUCCCUGGUACCAUUGGUGAAUUUUUUGGUUUCAUGAGUUAACAUCUCAUGAAGUUGGGGGCCUCAUGUCCAAAUGCUUCUGAUCCCAACAUCUUGGACCAUUGGGGUCCUCUUGGGACCGAGAACAACGUUGUGCAAACACUGAGCCAGGGGUGACCCCCCCCCCCUCACCUCCCAAUGCUGGUGGGCAUUGUGGUCGCAGAGACGGAUCCUACCAGGAUUGGUUGAUGGAAAAACCCCAGCCCUACACUGUGGGGGGAUCAGAUUUUCCCUCUUUUGGGAAACUAUCUGAAUAUUUUGGGGGUUUUUUUUCCUUUUGUUUCUUUUGUUAAGCUGUGAAUCUUCUAAAAUGGCCAUCUCAGUUCCAUAGAGUUAUAUUUUUUGAGACAGGCAAUUUUUUUUCUUUCUUGUUUUUUUUUUUUUAAUAGAACUAAUAUGGAGAUAGAAAUAAAUAUUUCCCAACAUUAAGUGCCGAUUAAUUCCAGAUACCUUUUCUUCCAAACUUCCAGCAUCAACCCCGUUCACGGCUAACGAGUCACAGAAAAUAGGGUGAGGGGAGGGACUUUGAAGGGAGGAUUUGGGUUGACUGUCAAAAGGUGGGGGGGGGUUGCGGUGUGUUAUCAAAGGGCAGAUGGGUUAUGUAGUUGGGGGAGGAGAUUCAUUUUGGGGAGAGCCACUUGCCCUUUCUUCCUCCUUCCUUUUUUGUUUCCUUCCUUCUUUCCGUCCUCUCUUCCUUCCUCCCUCCCUCUUUCUU